AGGGGUGCGGGAGGGAGCUCCCCCGGGGCCGCCUGUGCGAGGCUCGCGGGUGCAACGCGGUGGGCAGCGCCGGGGACCCGGGGAUGGGAGGAGGUGUGUCCCCUGAAACGGCCGCUCCAGCAGCGGGAAUCCGUGGGAGGCUGUGAAGGGCGUGGGGACGGGAGAACCGUGUGCGGAGUUAGCAGUUUAAACGUGGGAAACCCAGGAUGCGAAUGGAGGCAGGGAGCGUGGUGAGCAGACCCCCGCCAAGGACCCCAGGAGAGUGUGGGAGGCGGCGGGACGCGGGAAGUGUGAAGAGAUUCUGGAAAAACAUCAAGGUGGAGCAAACGGGAUUUUCUGCUGCAUAAAAUAUGGUUGUAAGCGAAAGUAGGUCGUUAACCACCGUCCAAACCUUUUUUGCCUGAACAUCUGAAAAAGUACGUAGAUGGGAAAGUCAAUGCAAAGAGCAGGUUCCCAGGGGAAGAUCAUGAGUGUAUUUGGACGUGACGUUCUUGAGAUGGAUGCAGAUGGACGUGUCACCAAAUGGAGAUGGCAUGUGUGUAGGUGAACAUCAAGUCUGGAGGGAGAGGAAGGGGGCAAGGUUGGAGAUAUCAAAGGAGUGGAGGGUGUGGACUCCACCAGGGAGCCUGUGGGGAGCAGAUUGGGGAGGGAGCCUUUAGAUUGUUCCCAGAGAUGGCCCUGUGGUGAGGGAGGGGAGGGCUGAGGGUAGGAGGGCAGGACCUGAGGGGCGGGUGUUGGCAUCCCUGAUGCUCCCUCCAGCAGAGAGCAGGGCUGACCUAGGAGGGAUUCUGGCCUGUCUGUAGAAAGGGAGGCCCGGGUGGGCUAAGGAGCUUCCCUUCAGUGGGGCCUGCAGCGUGUGCUGCUGUGGGGUCCACGGUCAGGGCCACUCCUGAGGGAACCAGGGAAAGGGCAGCCAGGCUGGUGCAGCCACUGCGUCCUAGACCAGGACACUGCCGCCUCCCCUCCACCCCUCAGGGUGAGAGGGAUGAUCCACCCUCAGUCAAGGGCUCCCAGCAAGCUCCCUUCUGAGGACUGUUUAGUGGGUGGGCCUGGUUGCUGAGUGGACUAACAGCUGACCUGCCUGCAUGGCCCCUCUCUCUCUGACUCGUUAACUUAAGAAUGUAUAAAAGUUUCAUUAACUUAAACACGAAUUAACCAAUAUUCCUCUAAACUUGUACACGCAGGUAGGCAAUUAGAAAUUAGCCUAUUCACUCAGUUAAAUUUCUGCAAACACUUCAUAAUUGGCUUGGCAUUGAUCAGCCUCUAGGUAUUUGCUUACAGUGCCAAAUUUCUUCUAUGACAUCCUCUGAAAUCUUAAAAAGUAGUAAAGAUGAAGACCCCAGAUUUCAAAACUACCACUUCAUUUGCACUGAAAAGACGUACAGAACUGUUGAUCCUGUGGACGGUCCUAGUGGAUACAUGGUGUGGACCCUUUACAUCAGGGACCCACAGCAGUUGCAGAAAUGCUUAUGGACCCUGUGCAGGGCCGUGUGGUCUUUGAGGACGUGGCCAUAUUUUUCUCCCAGGAGGAGUGGGGCCUCCUUGAUGAAGCUCAGAGACACCUGUACCAUGCUGUGAUGACGGAGAACUUGGCGCUUCUGUCCUCCCUGGGUUGUUGGCUUGGAGCCCAGGGUGAGGAGGUACCUUCUGAGCAAGGUGUUUCUGUUGGAGUGUCAGAGGUCAGGACACCAAAGCUGGGUCCGUCCACCAGCAAGGCCCUGCCGUGUGAGAUGUGUGACCCAGUCUCCAAAGACCUUUUGCCUGAGUACAACACUGAUCAAGGGCUGUAUGUUUGUGGAGUGAACCUUUCCCAGCACCAAAAGGGGCAGAUGAGAGACAACCUUUCCAGAAGAGAUGAGGGGAGGGCUUCACUCCUGAGCAACAGCAGCGAGCCCACGGCAGAGAGGACGUGGACGUGCAGCGGAGGCCGGAAGGAGUUCCACGGCAGCACAGGGCCCAUCUGGCAGCUUGCCCCGCACAGUGUGGGGAAGCCACGGAGCAACACUGAGGGCAGGGAGGCCACUGACAGUGGGCAAAGCAAUUACAAGUGCGCUCAAUGUGGGAAGGCCUUCAGGCAAAAACAGACACUUGUGCACCAGAAAAUCCACACGGGUGUAAGGACUUAUGAGUGCAGCAAAUGCGAGGAAUUCUUCAAGUACAAUGCCAGCUUCAUAAAACAUCAGAGACUUCACAAUGGAGAAAGGCCUUAUGAGUGCAGUGAAUGUGGGAAAGCGUUCAGGUACGUCUCCACACUCCUUAGACACUGGAGAGCUCACACUGUGGGAAGGCCUUAUAAGUGCAAUGAAUGUGGGAAAUUCUUUAGGUAUAACUCCACACUCACUAAGCACCAGAGAGUUCACACUGGAGAAAGGCCUUAUGAGUGCAGCUUGUGUGGGGAAUUCUUCAGGUACAACUCCAACCUCAUGAAACACUGGAGGAAUCACACUGGAGAGAGGCCUUACAACUGCAGCGAGUGUGGGAAAGCCUUUAGCCACAAGCAUAUUCUUGUGGAGCAUCAGAAAGUCCAUACUGGAGAAAGACCGUAUGAGUGCAGCAAAUGUCAGAAGGCCUUCAUUAGGAAGUCCCACCUCGUUCAUCACCAGAAAGUCCACACUGAAGCCAGUGUGAGUGCCCUUAAUGUGGGGAAUUCUUUAGAUACAACUCCAACCUCUGAGCAGAGAAUUCACGGCGGUAAAGACCUUACGAGUUCAGGGAAUAUGGUAAAUUCUUUGGGUACUACUACAAGCUCCUGACGCUGGAGAAGCACCUUAUGAGUUGAUCUCAGAAUCAGCCUUAUGACCAUAUGAGGACAGAAAGUAUGGGAAAUUGUUUGGUACAGCUUCCCACUCAUUAGACAUCAGGAGUUUGCACUGGAGGAAGGCCUUCUGAGUGCAGUGGAUAUAAGUCUUUGGGUGGAACCUCAGGCCCAUUACACAUGAGGGAUUUCACAGUAGGGAAAGGCCUUACAAGUGCAGCAAAAAUGGGCACAUGUCCAAUCACCACUUCCACCACAUUCAGCACCAAAAAGUUCACACCAGUGGGAGUGCUGCAAAUGGGGGAAGACUUCAGCAAAAUGGAUGCUCUCAGCUAUCCCUAGGAAGAACUCUAAUAUAGUGUCAUUUUGUUUGUUUGUUUUUACAUUUUUGAUGGUGGUAAAAUACAUAUAAGAAAGUUUACCCUCUAUCUUUUUAAUUUUACAGUUAGUGUGUUUAAAAAUUCAUAUAUUUGUGCAGCUCACCUCCAGAGUUCUCAUCUUGCAGAAAUGAAACUAAAGCCACUAAACAACAACUCUUCCUGCUCCCUCCCUACCAGACCUGUCUCUGAAUUUGAUUGCUCUGGACACUUGGCGAAGUUGCAUUCAUACAUUUUCCAUCUCUUUUCCACUAGCCUGUGGGAAGAGAAGCAUCUGUCGGUAUUUCCUUCUGUUCUAGCAGGAGUCAGGGCUCACCCACCCGAGACACAGGGAGGGCUGCUGGUGGGGUCAGUGCUAUUCUGCUAGAUGUUAACGAUAUUUAUACAGGAGAUCUAGAUUUUAUGGAAUCUUUAUUAGCAGCUUUAUUGAGGUAAUAAUGAACAUUAAGCUGCAUUUAUGAAAAGGGUAAAAUGUAUUUUCACAUAUGUCUGCAUAAUGGGACCACCGGCAAAGUCAUGACAAUGAACAUGUCCCUUAGAGUCUCCACUGGCCCCUUUGUAUACUGUCUCCCUCCCUAGCCAAUCUGCCUUCUCUAGGUAGAAAUUGUAGUUUGUAGUUUCUAGAACUUUUUAUAAAUGGAAUCCUACAAUUA